UUCGUCAGUCGAGGACAGUUGGCAACACAGUGGCAGACUGAAGAAAUCGCACGUGUUUUUGUGUGCGUGCGUGCAUUUUUGUAUUGUUAUUUUUAGCUUGUAGUAACGCCGGAUUUUCAAGAAAGAAAUAAAUAAAUCGAUAGAAAUAACUUUGCAAUGGAUGUGCUGUCGAGACCGGCUGACGAAUUUGGCAAUGAUGAGACCUUGGAGCAUAUGUGGGCAGCUAGAGCUAUGGAACACAGCGAUAUCUACUUUAAUAUGCUCUGUUCCGUUGACACCAGGUGGUUGCGGCUGACUCCUCACGACGACCUCAUUUAUACUCACUUCAGGCAAGAUUUCCCAGACCUAGAUGUUAAAUAUAUCAAAGAGAAUGAAAUUAAAAACAGUACGAACAAGGCACGCUGGAGAUUAUUCUGCGAGAAGUUCAAAAUGACUGUAGAAGAUUACAGCUUUGGUACACUAUUGAGAGCAGACACUAAUGGUGAUUACUCUGAAGAAAAUACGAUCUUAGUGCCAAGAGUUCAAUUUUAUGCUAUAGAAAUAGCAAGAAAUAGGGAAGGCUUAAACAAUGAAGUAAAGAAACGAUACAAAUGUGCGUCCAAGUCAAAUCUACAGGCGGAACACAAAACUGAAGUUGCGGUUUAAAGUUUUGGAGCCAAAGAGCAAAGGAUCCUGCCAAUAAUUUAGUAUUUAUUGAUAUUUCAUAAAUCAAAUAGCCAUAGUUUGAUUAUUUGGGACAAUGAUAAGCUGAAAUGGCGCUAUAAGUGCUAAUAAGGAAGUUAGACCCUUCAACACAACAGAAUAGCGAGAACAAAAUAGUAACAGUAGUUGCACCUGGUCAAUAAACUGAUGUGGAAUAUUGACUAUUUCUAAAGAUUGAUGCACUAUUUCAUAUUAAUAUGCCUAAUUAUAUUCAGAUGUUUUUACAAAUCUAAUAACUACAUGUUUUGAGCGAGGAACAAACUCAUUUCACAGCUUUGCAAACAUUUUUAUACUGUUGAAUGUACCAUAAUAUAUUUUUAGCUGUUUGUGUAUACAAUAUUCCUAUAACUAGUGGUUAAACCUAUAUUAUAAUAAUAAUCAAAUAAUGAGACUGAUCAUUUUAUAUAGAUGUCUCUGUGCAGAUUAAUUUGACGUUUUCUGGUGAAACAACUAGCCAUGAUUCUUAACACACACAUCAGUCUGGAAAAGUGUACUGAAUAUCUGAUUGCCAGCUUUGAAACUUUCGCUCCAUCCACUCAAAAAAUGUCAUGAACAAGUAAGGCUGAUUUCAGAGUCACGCGAUUAAUCAGUGCCGGCUACACACGCGGUGUAUUUUGCAUUAGAUAGUAGCCUUGUUUCAUAGUAACGCAGCUCAAAAGCCGGUCCUAAGACGCGCUGCCAAAGUGUCAAAGUACGUUGCAACGAAACGCGAUAGGCGCUACCCGUUUCACAGCGCGCCUCUGGUAGAACGCGCUACUCAACGGCGCGUCUUGCCGGCGUCACUCUUAAACCAGCCUGAAUAAAAUUGUAAAACAAAAGUAGGUAGCAAUGUAUCUACAUAAGUAAUUUUUUUUGGAGUUACGCCGACAGAUGAAGUUCGCAUGCUUAAUCUUAGUUGAUAAGUAAUGAAAAUGAAUGAGGUGCUCAAUUUCUCAUACAUUUUUUUACAUGAAUAAAUUUAAAUAUCUAAA